GCAUCGUAGUUAUAUUUUGCGUCUCAGGCUGACCUCUACUGGGGAUUUCACUUUUACAAUAUUGUUGUGGGCCGAUGUUUUGGUGGCCACGGCAAACGGUUGAGCCGUGGCGGCAAGUCAAUAGAGUCCAAAAUGACGGGGCCCGACGUCACGGCUUCCUCUCCGCACGACGUAUGUACGUAGCCGUGCACGAAUGACGCAAUUGGCUUUUUCAAUGUCUUAUCUACAGUGAAGUGAAGUAUGUUGUCAUUGUCAUUCGCCGAGCGAUCGCCGCGCUGCGCACGCGUCGCGUUGUGAGCGGUUUAUUUUUGUUUCACUUCUCUUUUUUACCGUCGUCGAGGACAAAGUGACGGAUUGCUUGCUCGUAUUGUGCCAGUGUUUUGAACUUUGCUGUGACAUUAAGCAGUGUUUAAUCAGGGCCCUGUGACCAUGCUGGUUUCAGGAGUGUUCGUCUUGACUCCUGAUAUAUCUUUCAGGAUGACGCCGCAGGAGGAGCGCGACGCCCGCGGCGCGGGGCUGGCCGGCUGCGCGCUGGCCGACGCGCUGGAAGACGACAUGUUCGGCCCGUCGCGCACGGAACCCGCCGCUCGCCCCAAGCUCUCUAUGAUCUCCGCCCGCCUGCGCGCUAAUGAGGAGCGCAAGCGCGUCAUCGAGAUCUGCUCUCAAAAACUAGAGAAUAUCGAGGACCCCGCGCGUGACCUGCGCCGGUCCGUGUGCAUAAACAACACCUACUGCAGACUGAGCGAGGAAGCUCGCCGCGAGAAGGAAGCGCGCAGACGCCGCGCGCGGGAGGAAUGUGACGACUCCUGGGUCGGCAAGAAGGCGCGACGGGCCGUCGAGGAUGAGUGCUUAGCUCUGCUCGACGCCAUCCCCGAGCUCGGGGACGCAAACCUCGGCUGCGCGCAGCUGGCGCGCCAACUGCCCCGCCAGGACGUGCUGCUGCCCCCCAGCCUGCUGACGGUGCUCGACUCGUGACCGCGCAGGCAGGCGCACCUCACCCCGCUGUGAAGCGAGCGCGAGUGAGCGCUCGUGUGACCCCGAAUGCGCCCGAGUCGCUGACCGCGUUACCGGACACUGUUCGGAAACAAAUGUGUCAGAAGAGCCUGCGCGGCCCGGUAUGCGCGGCGGCUCGAGGCGGGACAGUGUGUUAUCAUGGACGUUACCCCGGACUGACGUUUAGCCAAUUCUUUGUUGUUAAGGAGUACUUACUUUGUUAGCGUGUUUUUUAUUAUUUAGUGAAAGUUGCUCAGGCGCUACCGACGGGCGCGGUCCAAUUAGUGUUCAACGAUUUAUUUUUUAUUAUCGCACAGUUGAAGUGUUUGGUUGGCUAUGACGUCGCGUCAUGUCGUGGGACUCGGCAAGUUAAUGAUUCACAUUGGAGAAUAGUUCUAAGCGAUUAUAAUGUUACAUUAUUGUACUAUACAUAAUUUAAAGAUAGUGUUUAAGAAAUAGUGCAAAAUGACUGGGAACGGCUGUGCCGACGCGCUAAAGUAUUAUUUUUAUUUGAAUAAGUUUAGUACGGGAAGUUCGGUGCGAACUAACCGAAACACAGACAGUUUCUAAACAUCCGAUCACUUGGAAAGUAAAAGUGCAUUGCGCUGCACAUAGCGUUUACAACGCGAGGCGCUCUACCGCGAGUUACGUUAGUCGCGAGGAAAAAACACCUUCAAUGGUCUUAUAGUCGAUCUACGCGAUAUCUGUGAACUAGUCGACGACACUCGACGGCCGCGCCGCGGUAUGCGCGGCACGAUUUUGUCACGUACCACUUUCCUAGCCGUACUCUUCCUAGUGACGGAAAAAUAUCGUUGAGUUGUUCUGUCUAUUAUAUUUUAAAACUGUUACCGUCUUAUAAUGAUUAUAUUUUGUUACCAAUGUGUUUGCUGUUUGUUGCAAAAUGUUACUCAAUAUUAAUUUAUUGUAUUAUUAUUAUGUAUCGGAGUAGAAAAGACUAAAGAAACAUAAGAGCGUAUCUUAUCUGAAACAAUAAGGUUGUUGGUAAUCAGUCGGCAGAUUGUGCAAUUUGUGAAGAAAUCAUUGGUAAUUUCCUAGUUAUUUUCUUUGGAAAUCUUAAUUGUCGCAAAAUAUAUUGGUAGUGGCCCGUUUCGCCCCUCUGAAUGGUAAAUAGGUAAGUACCUGGGGUGGCGCGGGCCGGGUGGGCGGGGCGGAGGCAGCGUUCCCAGCACUCCUGUGAUAUUAGCCUAGCCUGUGUGUCGUAUUCGUGCUAGUUUCCCAAACGUUUGGACAAUGUGCUGUAUCAAAAAAUAUGCUUUGAAAAUUGAUUCCUUUUCUUUGGCCAUUUUAUACGGAUUAACCGGAUUUUGAGGCGAUACGCCUUUAGCAUUUAGAAAUUUUGACAUCGUAAUGUGAACUUUUAAGAAGUACCUAGAGUUUGUUUAUUAUUUGGGACUGCGUUUGUAUGUUAACUUGAUAAGCAUUUUACUGUACAUAACUAAGUGCUUGCCGGCCGUCGCCCUAUUGGGGAGGCCGUGUACGUGAUUUAUAAGGCCAGAACUCGACAAAAUUCGGGUGUUCCAAAUAACACGAGACGCUCCAACACUGUUCACACGAUAUUCAAUUGGAAUUGCAACCAAACGUAUUUUACAAAUGAAUUAAACGCACAUAAUCGUAAGUAGUUUUUUCAGCGUAAUAUAAUUCUACUGGCCACGUUUGAUAACAAACAACAAAGAAACGAACAAGUAAUUAUGUAAAUGACCAAAAUGUAUUGUAGAUCGUAAGUAAAUAUUAAGGAAAUCGUUUUUCUCUGUCAUUUUCAUCGCGCCAGAGCGAUAUCUCUGCGAUUCGCGACGGCCUCGAAAAUUCUCCGUAAAAAGUUUUCCGCACAAGAAAUACCGUCAACCGAUUCUUAUCUUGAUAGCGUCACUUUUCUGGUCGACUGUACUCGGACGAGUAACUAAACUCCUAACUCAGUUAACUUGUAAAGUGUCGACACAGUUUUGCGCAAAUUAUUUCAUCUGCUUACGAAAUACGACUAUCAUUGUUUAAAGAAUAAGUUGACAAUCGUUACGAUAAAUACGUUUCUUCUUUGUUAUUCCUUUUUUUUGUGUCUGUCUGAACUGGCUGAGUUGAAUCACCAGUCUUAUUUGUACUUAACAAGAUCAUCAAGGAGUUGUAAUAGAAAAUUAAUGUAAUUUCCUGUUACGAGGGGCCCGCUGCUUGAGGUCUUCUACUAUAUUUCGAGGUCGUCUGUUUAACUGUACCUAUAACUCUUUGAAAUUCGAACGUGGCUUCUAGAAAUUUCCCCUCAAAGAGAUGUGAGAUUUUAGUGAAAUAAAUAAGUAAUGCCGAGCCUCUAGUUUUAGCAUAGUCGAGAAAUGUGCUCGAUUGAGUUAGGUUUACAGAAAUGCCAACGUUUUAUAUAUUUUAUUUUUAUCGGAGUAGUUCGUUCAAACGAAUGCUUUGAGAUUUUAAUUUCGUUUUCUGUAAUGUUGGCUGACAGGAUCUGGCGAGUCGAAUAACGCACAAUGGCGUUAAAUGUUUCUAAUAAAUACUCUGUUUACCAGACAAACUUAUUCAAGCUUAAACUUUUUGUUUUGUUUAAGUUACUUUAGUUUUAUUUUGUUGUUGAUAAUAUUUGUUUCUGCAUUUAUUGCGUUUUUUUCUCACAAAUUAUUAUGUUCCUGGAUUUCUAUUUUAAGCUGGAUGCGAUUGGCGGAGUGGUCGAUCAGGUUUUGUACAAUAUUAUAUAUCCAUAACAGAUAAUUUUAUAUUUAGCUCUCGCCAACCGUGCCGGCUUUUAACAAAUUGUGAGUUUAGAAAUGUGGAAGUAAUACUCAAACGAAGCGGUCAUACGAACACAUCAUAAUUUGUGAAACCUGCCAAUGUCGAACACAGUAAUUUCAUUAAAUUU